AGAUAGAGAAGGAAGCAUACAGUCUACACGUUCAGCCAUCGCAUCUAUCCACCGUGCGGGACCCCGUUGCAAGUCGGGUAAACCGAAUAUGGUCGUGCGUCGUGUUGCGCGAGCGACGUAGAGCUCGUACGAAACGUUACGUUGCCAAGUUCAGCCUAGCUCGGCGCAGCUCAGGCUUUUUAUCUUUGUGGUUGCAUGCGCGUAAAAUCACGCAUUGAGGCAUUCCUGGCGGCCUCCUGGUGGUGCGCUCUGAGGCGGGCGAGAAACGGACCGAGGUGUCGCGAGAAGGAGCGAGCGAGUGAGUGAGAGCAAGAGAGAGGGAAAUAAAAAGAGCGAUAAAGACAGGAAGAGAGAGUGCGCGCGCGCGCGCUCGCGCUCGCGCCUUCUGCCGUUUGCGUUCCUGGGACGACGCUCGCUGAUUCCUCGGUCUACUGUAUACAUACGCGUAUGUACGAACGUGGUCAGCCGGGUUGCCCGGAAUAGCUUCAGAAUACCACGCAUUGGAACGACGACAGUGAAGGCGGACCGCUUGUCACGAGACCCGCGGGCUAAGAUGCCCGACGUAGCUAUCACCAGCAACGUCAGCACCGAGGCAGCUAGAUCACACAGCCAAGUGCAUUCCUGGUUUCCCGCGAACACAUUGUGGAACAUUUAUGCUGUCGGUUACAUUGUUAAAAACGUAUAAACUAAACUCUGAAGUGAUGUUGUUCUUAUGAUUGUGAAGUACUAUGCUUGGGAUUUUGGAACAGGAUUUGCUUAAUGGAUAGUUGCAGUGUGUUAUACAGAUGUAAAAGAAUGUUUUGAUGCAUAUGCAGUAACAAUUCUAAUGAUUAGAAUGGUAAAUAACUAUGAAGAGAACAUAGGAGAACAUUACUAUAGCAGGAUUUAUGUGUUAUUAAAACAUCAGCUGCUAUAAUUUCGCAUUUGUUUGCUACAGCAUUUGUAUAUAAUUGUAAAGCUUAUCAACUCUGGGCCAUAACUGUCAAUAUUUCUGUAAAAGUAGAUUUAAGAUCAACAUCUUAAUAUUCAUCAAUGUUGACUUUAUGAAAAAAUUGGAUCAAAUACUGCGCAAAGAUGUGUGAGCAAACGGAAAUCAACUAUCUGGAUGGAGAUGUUGUGUGGGUUAAACUGGGCGCAUGCUGGUGGCCCGGUCAAGUUACUGGAUUGGAGAAUUUGCCUGAGGAUAUUCAAACUGAAUUUAAGAAAAAGCCGAUAAUAGCUGCUGUAAAAUUUUUUCAGGAAGAUACCUAUGAAUUUGUGAAAAAUUAUCAGCAAAUCUACAAGUAUAAUUGUACGCUUAAAGACGAAUUUAUCAAAAAAGGAUUAGAUAAAUACAGGGUCAAAAGCAAGGAUGGUUCCAAUUAUAUGGACAAGUUUCCAGGCGACGUGGAAAUGGCGGAAAAGUUAACAAAUGGUAAUCCUGAUAUAUUAAACCAGGAGAAAUUCUCUCCCGCAGAGAAACCAGAUAUCUCUGCUUUGUUUGGCGAGAAAAAGAUUCCAAAGAAGAAGCGUGAUCGCGAGGAUGGACACAGACGAAGCGAUAGCACAGAAAUCAUGAGAAAAAUUACACACCCGCGCUUUUUGCGCGCAGAGAGUGACCAUGAAGUUCGCAUUCGCCAGCAGCCCAGCAGCUUACCGACGACUCCGACUAGCUCAGGUUCUCCGGUAUAUCGCUGUCAUCUUUGUAAUUUCACUUCUGGGCGUGUUAACGUGAUUAUUUGCCACAUAAAAAGUCACCGGUCUGGCGGUUCUCUGACGCCACAAUCAAAAGUAAAAACGUAUUCUCAGCCACGCAGUAGAAGUUCUGAUACAAGCACACCGAAACGAAAAUAUAUAAGGAAAGAUAAGAGUCAAUCGAGUAAAAAGAAAAGCGAGAGUGGACUAGAAUCAAAUAAACGAAAGCUGAAGCUGAAUGAGAAAUCUAGUAAGAAAAAGAAGACCGACCCGGAAUUGCGCGAAAAGUUAUUAGCUGACUGGGACGAUGAAUCUGACGAAGAAAUGAGUGUAAAUAAUUCUUUAAAUAAUUCUUUAAAGAGCUCGCCUAUAAAAAAUCAGUCAAGCAUUGACGAUAGCAAAGAAAACGAGGAGGAUGCCGAAACUACGGAGAAUCAUGAAAUUUUAACAGAAACAGAGAAAUUGCUAAAGGAAACUGAAGAAUUAUCAUCUAUACAGAUGAUACGAGAUUCGCUGGAUAACUUGCACACUUCAAAGAAUAUUCGAUUGAGUAGUUUCAAUAAAACCACAGAAUCUGAAAAUUCUGAAAAGAACGCUAAAACUAGCGGUGCAUCUAAGGAAAUAUUCAAUAAAUCACCAAAGAAAGACACUUCAAGUUCUGACGGUGAGAGCAGAAAUGUCUCCGACAAAGAUGAUAAGAAAUCACGGUUGGCAUGCUUUGAUUUUGACGAGGACGAUUUGAGCGAACCCUCUAUACCGCCUGUUCGAAAAAUUCCUAGAGUGUUCGGCGAGAAAAGUUUGUCGCUGAAAAAGGAGAUUAUCAAGGAAUUCGAAAUGAGUCAAGCUCUGAAAAAUGAAAUCAAGAGAGAAGCUGACAAGAUGUCUAAAAACAUGGAAUUAAAAGCUGACGAAAUAAUGGAAAUAAUACAAGGUAGCGACAAUCGACAAGAGAAGAAGGAAAAUAAAGCGAAUGAAAAGCCGGAGAGUAUACGUGAUAAAGCGGAAGCGAAACAACCUGAAGAUAAAAAAGAAAAGAAGAGUACGCGAUUGGAUGAAAAACCAAAAUCUAAUAUCAAUGCCUCUGAAACAGAACUCGAAAUUGUAGAAAUAUUUGAAGUUGAGAGAGAAGAUAAUGAUAAUGAACUUACUAAUAAAACCACGAAGAAGGUAUGUAAGGAUGUCGUAUCUGAUGCGUCAGUAAAAAACGCCGAUACAUCUAAGGAGAACGAAACAUCUGCAAAUGUUAAAUCUAACGAUGAUAAAUUAUUUCAGCCCAAAAAAACUGAUUUGGAGGACGUGAUUGCGGAAUUAAAUGACAGUGUGUCUACGAAAGAAGCGGACGACACUUUGUCGGAACGAUGUACGACGGAAACGGAUGAGACCGUUUCCGAAUCGGCAGAGCCUGAAAUCUCGGACAACGACAUGUUGGACCGGAAUCAAAGCGCUAAGGAUAAGCUCCCGGAAAAUCAGACAAUAAUAAAAAGAGGAAGAGGACGACCGCGCAAGAACGCAAGAUCGGUUAAUAAAGGUGCUAGUCCGGACAAAAGUCCGAAAGUGAAGGCCAGUAGAGGCAACAAGAGAUUUCGCGUGAGCGAGAGGCUCGAGAUCGAGAGAAAGACAUCGGAUUCUGACACGGAUCGAUCGUACAGCGGCAGAAGACGUAAACCGAAUAAGAAAUAUUUGGAAUCCGAUAUAUACGUUCAAGAUGCCGACUACAAAGCGUUCAGGACAGACGAGAGUCAAUCUGAGAGUGAGAGUAAAGCUGAGAAAAUCCCGACUAAAUCCAGAAGAGGCAGACGUUCGAAACGCAUCGACAGCAAGAGUAGCGAAUUCAUCGCUCAUAUGGAUAAGCAGGAGAUAGAAGUGUCCGAGACUAUUGCCGAAAACAACAUCAAUGUCUCAGCGAUCGAGACGAAGCACGAAGCACCGGAGAAUAACGUUGCAGAAAAAGAUAUAUUUUCCAAGAAAGAAGAGAAGAAAUCUGAAGAAGAGAAAGGUAAUGUACUCAAAGAAGCGAUAAAACCUUUGGACGAAACCACUGCAAAAGUUGACAUGGACGUAAGUUCGGAAAAUGUAAAAACGACGAUGCUAGAAACUACAAAUAAAACGGAGAAAUCAGAACUUAAUUUAGAUAAAACUGUAAAGAAGCUAUCGAAAGAGAAGGAAGAUUUAAAGCAAAGUAAAAAUACUGAGGAGAAUUUUAAAGAUAAGGAAAAGCUGCCAGUUGUAGAGCAACUUGAGGAUGCCAUCGAUAAAGUUGAAGAGCGAGAUGCCCCGAAGACGAGCGUGGACAAGUUGCCACCAAAAAAGUCUCAAAUAAAAAAAUUUGAAUUGUCGCAAAUAGAUUUUUUUGACACAGAUACACCGGCUAAUAAAACCGCGGAGAUUGAAUCCGAAUCUGAAAUUAAUUCUGAAUUCAAAGCUGAACCUGAGUCUCAAAAUAAUACUGAAGGAAAAUUAAGUAAAGAGAAUGAAACAGAAGUAAAAGCGACAGUAAGCAAGACGGACGAUAUUUCAAAAUUUCUAGAUGCCGAGAAUAAAACGCAAGUAAAGUUGACGAGUUCUGAAUUGCAGGAAAAAUCAGAGAAAUCAAAUGAAAAAGACCAAGAGACGCAAUCGGUCGAGGAAGCAUUGCAAAAGACGCAGAAUGUUAAUCAGGUUGAAUUAAAAUCGCCUAAAAAAUCGCCCGCAACACCUAAAGCAGCUGAUGCAAAGAUCACGCCGAAAAGUCCAACGAAAACAACGAACGAGCAAUCAACGCCGAAAAAGUCCGCCAUGCAAACGAGAUACAAAGGUAAAUUCACACCGGAGACGGGUAAGGGAAGAAAAGACAAAGAUUUGUUUUCAGAGGAGAAGCCGUCUAAUACAUAUCAAGAGGCUUUCCUAAAGACUUUACAGAUGGACAAGAAGAAGCUUAUGAUUGAGAAUGCAGCAACGUCGCCUAAGUCAAAAAGAGAAAAGAAGACCGCGAAGAAGAAAUCGGAAGAAGUCAAAGUGAAUGUUGCUGCCACAUCUACGCAAGGUAUAAAAAUCAAUGAAUUAAGCCAAGAUUUGGAGUUACCUCAAGAUAUCCAAGCUGGAAAAAAUAUAUCGGAUUUACCAGUCGUGAGUAACUUUGAAAAUAUCGAGAUAGUUGUCGAAGAGAAGGUGGAAAUCGAUCCUAAAAUUGGAGAUACAGUCUUCGAAGGUGAUGGUCAAUUUGAAUCAUCACCCAGCGAAUUUGUUAUCACAGCCAAAGCGUCGUCUCAGUCAGAGACACUUGUUGAAGAUAGCUCUAAGAGUACCUCCGAUGAUAAAAAGUUGGAUGAAACCUCGAAGACAUCCGUGCCUGCAACUUUUCUAACAUCCGAUAGCAGCGUGCCGGUGAAAAAGCGCGAAAUGCCGCGAAUAAUAGAAAAUGUCGCGUUAACCGAACCGGUACAAAUCCUGAAGACGAAACUACUCGACAAAGUGCCGCAGAAAGGUGUGAAGCACAAGCUAGAAGCAGACGUUGCGAAGAAGAGUGAGCAGAAGGGCAGCCCGAAGACAAAGAUAAUGAAGAUAGAACCUCUGUCUUCGAACAGCAAGGUGAAGACUGUUGUCAAGUCCAGUCCGGCUAUGACUCUGACUAAAAAGCUUCAAGUUCUAAAGACAGAGGAGACGGACGCGCUUCUAGAGGCACAGAACAAGGACCAAGGCGCGACGCAGACUAUCGUGGCCGCGCCAGUGACGGAGAAAUACAUACAACAGAGUUCCCAGAGUCUCGCGGAUAUGGAAUUGGACAUCAACUCGAUGCCAUUUGUUCUCAGCGAGGACGUGCUGACGCCGGAGGGUAUCGAGCAGAUGCCAGUUGUCAUUUCGUCUAUUAUACCGGCGUCCAGCUCGAUUCCUGCCACGCUCACGUUCACUCCGACCACGCAGAUAGUAUCGUCCACUCACACUCAAUUCAAAGUCACGAAUGAAACCGCCGAGACAUCGCCGACGAAAAAGAAGAGCGGCGUACCGGCGAUAUUGAAGAACAAGGGCAAAGCGAAACCGACUAUCACGAGCGUGAAAACACUGGUGCCGCCGCUCACCGGCGGCGUGAAGGGCUUGAAAUUUCAGAGCGCUCAGCCGGCCGGUAAGACGUCGACUCUCUUGGCGCAGAAAGGCGUCACGCCGGGCAAGUACGUCGUCGUGCAAACAGCGGGCGGUCAGCAGCUGCGUUACAGCGUCCAGGGGAAGCCCGGCACUCCGCAGAAGAUCGCUAUUCCGACCACCGGCAAGACGGCGGGCAACGCACAAGUGAUUCAGCAAGGCGGCAAAGUCGUCAUACUAACGUCAGGGCAGACCUGUCAGACCAAGAUGGUGCCGUUGAACAUCUCGAAGACUCUGAGCGGUAAAAUGCAGAAGAUCGUGACGAGCAAAGGCCAGCUGCUUUGCCCGAUCACUCCGCAGGGUAAUCUGAUUACCUCGAAGAUCAUCGCGCCGAAGGCUGAUGUCUCGGCUGCCGCCGCGGUCGCCGCCGCUGCUGGCUCACCAACCACAUCCAAACUAACCACUAGUGGUCACAAGAUCAUCAACACGCAAGGCAUAAUUACGUCUAAAGGUGUGCUUACUCCAAUUUCAGGUACUAUUACUAAAACAGCGUUGUUGGGCACACUGUCUCAGGGAAUACUCACAAAGGGUGGCAUCUACACUCCGAUCAGCGCCUCGGCUUUGAGCGGAAAGACCAUCAUCGGCUCGAAGACUUUGGUCACGAAAGGUGGGACGACGCUCUUGUCUCCCCAAGCUCAAAAUCUAGGCACCAAAACGAUCUUAACGCCGGUGUCUCAAACUAUCGGCGGUAAGACCAUACUGGGCACGCAAGCCAUCGUCAGUAGCAAAGGUACUAUCUUGACCCCGAUAACAGGACAACAGGUGAAAGCUAUCGCCGCCAAAAGUCCGACCAAAGGCGGCAAAGUGCAAUAUCAACCGGUACAGCAGACGAUGCAGCUGCCGAUACUGCAAAAGUCAGCGAAAAUACCGAUAUCGGCCGCGACUUCGCAGGCGAGGACGUCUGCAAAAGUACCCAGCGGCACAUUGAUCCUGCAGAACGCUGCCGUCACAACGCCGGCUCAAAAGGUCUCAUCGCAUGGCAAAAAGAUUAUCAAGCAAACCGUGAUGCAACCAGGCACCGCCAUUCAAAACAUUGCUUCGCCGAGCGGCACACAACAGACGGUGACGAUGGUGCAGCAGGUUCAAUCAAAAGGUAAAACGUCCGUGCAGAAGGUUAUUAUUCCUAGAAGCAGCGGUCGCCAGACGAAGACUCAGCAGAAGAUCAUCCUCCAAAAGGAAGUGGCUGCGUCGACGGCGCAGAACAUUCACGGGAAGCAGACGAUCGUCGCGACCGGCACCGCGCCCGUCGUCACGAAGAAACAGACAACUCCGAGAUCCGCAAAGUCUCACGGCAAGGCGCAGAAGAGUCUCGUGAACGUCGCUCUGAACUCGAUAAGCACUGCCACGACGAGCGCGAAUAUCGCCACGACCAUCGCUUUACCUCCAUUGGAGCCGAUCGACGCGGAGAAGAGGGCGAAGACGGAUGUUCAAUUUGCGGAUGCCGCUCAGAAGGAGCACGGUAAAGCUGAGAAACACCAAGCUGAAAAGAGACGACGCGAACAAGACGGAGGAGCCGAAGUGACCGCGCAGCCGCAGAUUAUGGCUCUGCCGACGGAAAGCAGCGACGGCACGCAAACCUACGUGCUGGUGACAAUCGACGAGCAGGGGCAGAUACAGCCGCUCGAUAACAACGCUCUAAUGUCGCUGGAAGGAACCACGCAGAAUCCGGAUGGUACGAGGACCUUGUACAUAGACCCGAGUUCUCUAGGAGAUUCUUCCGGUGCUCUGGAUAACAUCGUUCUCCAAUUCGACAACGGUAUCCUGCCGAACAUGCAGACGAAUGUAACGGAGGCUAGUCAGACGACGAUCAUAACCGAGAGCUUCCCCGCCUCGGGGGUGAUACAGACAUCUAAUCAGGACAUACUGGCAGCUGCCCUCGCGAACACGGACUUCCAGCAGGAGAUCAAUUUGCCGGAGAAUCAAACGGACAACGUCAUGACUCAGGCCGGUCUGACGCAGACGAGUCUCAUCAAUCAGACCAUUCUGCAGUCGACCAUUAUACCGCCCACGGAACCGAUAUCGUCGCCGUCGGUUCUGGAAACCUCAUUGACCCUGAAUCAGCCGAUCAUGACGCCGCUCGAGGUGCCGAGCAGCCUGCCGAUUCAGUCGACGAACUCGACUCCCACGUCGGUAGUCUCCACUAUACCAUCCUCCCUUGAGCUACCAAUCACAAUCACGAAUCCCAGCAUCUCCUACAUCGCUACGGGCGAGACGCAAAUUCAGAUUCCGGGUAACUCUAUGCCGGACAUCGGCGAGAUCAUAGAAAGUUCGUCGACGGCGACGAGCAAUCGUGCGGAGAUUCCCGUGAGCACUCAAUACUUGAUGAUACCGAAUCUCGAGGACAACAUUGCGGCCGCGGAGACGCAAACUGUGCAAAGUGCGGAGAUUGCGAUCACACCGUCGGCCUCGUACACAGUCGCUAUGCCGAAUAACAUAGUCCUGGAGAGCCCGCAGGUGCAAACCACUCCGUCGAUGCCGAUCAUUGACGAUUCGUACGCUGAGAAUUCACAGUUCGCCACGACGAUCGUCGCCGAGCAGACGUUCGUCGACGUGCCGGUGUCGGAGAUGCUAGUGUCCAAAGCGUCGACAAUUCCCGGGGAAAGUGCAAAGCCGCAGGAUAUCACUGUUACAUCGGAAACGGUCGUUCCCUCGCACCAAGUCUCGGCUUCCUCGCAGAAACCGAUUACGUCGACCAAUGAAUCCAAGAGCUUGGACGAGCAGCAGGACGCGACGAUGCAGGAAGCGUACUCGUCUCAGGAAGUUCCUGUUACGUCCGAGGAAUCGAUCCCGCAGCAACCGGCCAAGGAAGUUACCGCCUCGAGCACGAUGGAGACGAAAGGCGACGACAAAAAGGACGACGCGCCGAUGACUGGCUUACCGAUUAUCGACGAGACCACCUUGGUUACAUCGGAAUCGAAUUCUAGGCUAGAUUCCAUAGAACAGGUGAGCUUUGACGUGAUCGACUCGAGCAAGCUUAAAAGCGCCGAAUUGCACGAGGCGGACACGGUGGAUAAAUUGAAGCAACUAACGUUUUCCGAAGGGUCUAGCAGUAAAACUAGCUUGACGGAUGAGCAGGUAGCAGGUACAUCGAGCCAGGCGGAGAUUCAAACGGCUUCGCAAGCCGUUUUACCAGCUGAAUCGUUAAAUCCCUCUAGUGACACGGCCAUGGAGGUGGACGAAGCAGGAGAAUCGGAAUUAUACGCCGGUAGCACGACCGGCAAGCAAGACGCGAAGGAUUGUCAAAGAGACGAGCCGUCGUCGCAGGAGGAAUCGGACAGGCGUCGUCUGCGCCGGAGCAUGGAACUGCAUUUCAAUGAGGAAGAUGAGACCGCGAACGCGGAAGCUAGUCAAGAGACGCCGUCGCAGUCUCAGUACGAGCAGUUCAAUGUAGCUAUUAGCAAUGAUUCCGCGGAUUUACCUAGUCAAUCCGCCAGCAAACUGGAGAGCUCGUCGGGCGAGGCUACACAGUCUAUCGCGUACGAGCCGAUGGAAGCGGACGAGGAGGCCGUCGUGGCGGAACCGCCGACUCAGUCCUUUGAGCAUUCAAAACUCAACGAAGCGUCGCAGUCGUACGAAACCUCGGCGGAGGCCAACGUAAACGCACCGACGCAAUCUUUCACCGAGAUUGUGCAGGGUCAGGUGGAGCGGCCGAGUGCCGACGAGGCGAUCGAUGAUCAAAGCUUUCCCACGCAAAGUUACGAAGUCGAUAAAGGCGAGAGCAUGGCGGAGAAUCUAGAAACGGACGCUGAGAUCAGUCAGGAAGGCAACAUACCGUCGCAAUCCAACGACAUUGGCGCCGACGGUAUCGGCACGUCGUCUGUAUCGACGAACAAUUCGGGAAUGAACGAAGACGAGACGGCGAGCUCGUCUUACGUGCCAGAAACACCUGAGAAUCAGGAGCGUGAUCAGGAUCAGGAGAGUGCGAUAAGUACGUCAUCGUAUGAGAUACCGCCGUGCGAGGAGCUCAACAUCGCUUCCUCCAGCGUAAUACCAGACACAUCGGUCAGCGCGGAGCACGCCAGUAUUCACGAUAAUGGUGUGCCGGAUAUUCCAACCUCCUCAUCGUACAAUCUAAAUCCCGAUAUUACGUCGACUCAUCACGUCGACUCCGUGCCGUCCUCAAGUUACGAAGACCAAGUGAUAGUCGAGCAGAACGUGUCGACGUCGUAUGAGGUGCCGAUUUCGAUGCCCGGCCUAGAAGAGACCUGCUCGCAAAACUUUGUCACAGAGAGCACCGAUCAUCAUCGGAACGAGCCAACCAGCUACUACGCUCAUCACCAAGAGGUGACAGCGAGUUACUACGAAUCCGUGGAUCAGGAUGCAAACUCCCGGCUGGAGGAGGACCCGCACGAGGAGCACGUUACGCCGGGCGACUAUUACGAGGGCAAUCCGCAGGAGGUGAGUCAGAGUUAUUUCGCGCCGGCCGAGGAAACGCCCAACUACACCAGCCACGGCAUCUCGCCUGGCGGCUAUUACGACCCCAAUAGGCCCGAGAGCGAGGCGAGCCAGAGCUAUUACUCGACGGACGAUCUGGACGGCAAGACCGAGCAGUCGUCCACGUCGCCGAACAUCGAGGCGUCGCAGAGCUUCUACCAGGAGAGACCGAGCGAACUGAGACUGAGGCAGCAGGGUGAGGCCACGCCGACCUAUCCCGAGGGAUACCCGGUGGACUAUACGCUGGAGAACUCGCCGAUCGAGAGGCACGACCUCGUGGAGAGCUCGGUACCAGCCACCAGGCCUAUGGACAGGUAAUACACUGUGGGGGGCGGUGGUAACGAUAUGAGUCCCCAUGCGAAAUAGGCUAUCGGUGCUGCCUAGGCAACAGUCAACAUACAAACCCUCGAGUCUAUUUUCAAAUGUAAAUAUAUUGUCUUAAGGUAAUUGUAAUGUUAAGUAAGCGCUUAGAUUUUAAGGUGAAAUUUAGCGGUAGGUUUUAUUGUUAGGCCCCUUACGUACAAACAAAUGCAUUCGCAUACGCGCGCGCGUGCGUUUGUGCAUAUUGAAACAAGGAAAAAAUGCGAGUAAUCCGUUCUUAGGAUCCAGUACGUAACAAUUAAAAUGGAUGGAACAUUAUAUUACGGGACAAUGAAAUUAUGAUUUCUCUUCGCAUUAACAUUGUUACAGUCUCUGAUUUUAGCCGUCGUUUGAUAUGAAGAAGAAAAAGAAGUGUCCAUACAAUCGUUAUAAUAAAGUAUCAAUUUAUAUAUGAGAAAUAUAUUAUUAUUCUUUUUUUCUUUAUGAACAUAAUUAUAAAAUCAGAUAUGCAGUUUCCGAUUUUUGUCAAGAUUUCUAUGUCUAUGGAAAUGGAGCAGUGGUGAAAAUUGCAAUAACGCUCAUGCGAUAAAGAUUCUUUUCUUCUUUUUAUAUCAACAUGUUUGAAAUAUAUUCGAAUAAUCAAUGAUCAGAUAUACGUGUGAUCGCAAAAAGAAAGAAAUAAAAGUCAUAAUCGAUAUGCCAGAAUUUCACUGCUACUCCAUAAUGUCGAAUCAUAGUGUAAACAAUUGUUCAUUUAUAAUAAUUCUAAGAGGUAAGAGCUCAUGUGAUUGUAUGAAAUAAAACAACCGUAGCAAAACUAAUGAUUUACCUCUAGGUUUAUUUAAUUGGGUAACCUGAUUUACCCAACUUGACUUUGGUCUUUAACGUCUAACCGGUAAUAUUCUCGCUUGUUUGUCCUCCUGCUUAUUUUGUAAUCUGCACUUCUGACAACCGCUCAGUUUGCUACGGUCCUAAAGCAAAGAGCACAAUAUUUCCUAUUAUAUAUCCUAUGUAUACCCUGCAAUGAAAACGCGAAAAAUUAAAGCUUUUUUGAUUAUCAAAGACUUAAUUUUCGCGAAUAACUUGCGCCAUGCCUCGCUUUGCUCACAGUGUAAUGAUUCUCCAUAACGGAGGAUUCUUUGCUAUCGCUACAAAAGUGCGAGACUGAGCGAAACGAGGAUUCUUUAUUAGUUUUAUGAUUUAAUUUGUAGGGUCAGAAGUUUAUAUACAAUAUAUAUAUAUAUAUAUAUAAUAUAUAUAUAUGGAAAAUAAAAAUGCUUAUUUCACUUAUGUGUUGUGUAUUUUGUGUAUUAAUAAGGCCAUUGAUGUAAAAGAUGCGAGAGAUUUUGUUAGAAAAUCUGUCGUGUUUGAGAUAUGCUUAGACAGACAUUUAUCAUUUAACUUUUAAGCAAGAGAACUGUUGGUUAUAUUAGAGAUUGACUCACUGAACAAUAUAUAUAAGUGAUGAAAUGCGUGAAAAAGUGGCAAUUGUAAAGCAGUUGUAAAUGGUAUUCUUUUUUUUUAUUGUGCAAUCCUCAAGCAAGACAGAUUUAUCAGAGAGGAUACAAAAAUUAUAUUCUUUAUAAUCUCAUGUUACACCAAGAAUAAAAAUAAUCUUUUUAUUUCUUGUGGCGUAUUUAAUUAUGCCACAUGUGUACAUAUUAUAUUGACACCAGAGGAUGAAAGAAAUUUGUGAACUGUCAUAUUGUCGCAUUAAACAGUACUGAUAAACUCGAUUAUAGAGUGUACAAAGAGCCUGAAAAAUUUUCAAGAAUGGACUGAAUGAUUAAUGUUCUGUAAUUAUUCUGAAUUCUUUAGAUACACACAUAUAUA